UUUAGCUCCCUGAAGCCAUGUCGUUCACGUUCUUUCCUCCGAAUUCCAAUCAGCGGGCACAUCGAGCGGAGGCGUGUUACCUUACUCCGCCCACUCAGGAAGAGUCCGCCGUUACUAUUUUGCGGUGACGUGUUGUACAGUUAGCUGCCCAGAAUUCGCCUGCUCCCCAUGCUUUUGAGAAUAGAAUCGAAUUGGUUACAUUGCGUUAUUUGUACAGAUAAGCGAACCUCGGUCAAACAUGACAAAAAACGCAUAAACUUAGCUCUCACAGAGAAAAGGAGAUCUACAAAGAGUAAGAGCAGAGGAGGCAAGUGUUACCAGGCCUGGAUUGUAUAAAUAAUCUUGAAACAGUCGGACUUCUGGAACUGUAAAGAAGAAACUGCGAUUUUUCAACAGGGGUUGUCAUGACAACAAGGUCGGCACUUCCCACUCUGCUGCCUGCUGGUGGGGGUUUGGGAGUGAGCGUACUGGCCCUGUUUCUCCUGCCCCAGAUAGGAUGGGCAGUGAGCUACAAGUCUGGAGAUCCUGUGACCCUGUAUGUAAACAAAGUCGGUCCCUACCAUAACCCACAGGAGACCUAUCACUACUACACUUUACCUGUCUGCAGGCCCAAAGAGGUACGGCACAAGGCCCUAAGCCUCGGUGAAGUUCUUGAUGGUGACAGGAUGGCAGAGUCUUUGUACGAGAUCCGCUUCAAGGAGAACACAGAGAGAAAGACUGUGUGUCAGCUCACCCUGAGUGAGAAAGAGGUGGAGCAGCUGCGUGAAGCUGUGGAGGAACUGUACUAUUUCGAGUUUGUCCUCGAUGACAUCCCCAUCUGGGGCUUCGUGGGCUACAUGGAGGAGAGUGGCUUCCUGCCACACAGCCACAAGGUGGGGCUGUGGACGCACCUGGAUUUCAACAUCGAAUACAACGGGGACUCGGUGAUCUUCGCCAACGUGUCGGUGAAGGACGUGAAGCCGGUGCCUCUGGACGGGGGCGGGGGGGUGUUGCCGGGGGCGGGGCCGGGUGCGGGGCUGGCGGUGACCCACUCCUACAGCGUGCGCUGGUUCGAGAGCCCCCUGCCCCACGGGAGGCGGGCGGAGAGGCUGCGGGACUACUCCUUCUUCCCCAAAACCCUGGAGAUCCACUGGCUCUCCAUCAUCAACUCCCUGGUGCUCGUGGUCCUCCUGCUGGGCUUCGUCAUCAUCAUCCUCAUGAGGGUGCUGAAGAACGACUUCGCCAGGUACAAUGUGGAGGAGGACGGGGGGUGCGAUGAUCUGGACCAAGGGGACAACGGCUGGAAGAUCAUCCACACCGAUGUUUUUCGCUUCCCGCCAUACAAGAGCCUGCUGUGCGCUGUGCUGGGGGUCGGAGCUCAGUUUCUCACUUUAGCCACGGGAAUCAUCGUCAUGGCGCUGCUGGGGAUGUUUAACGUGCAUCGACACGGCGCCAUCAACUCCGCGGCCAUCGUGCUGUACGCGCUGACCAGCUGCGUGUCUGGUUACUGCUCCUGCCGGUUCUACACGCAGAUCCACGGUCAACGCUGGGUCUGGAACAUCAUCCUCACGUCAACCCUCUUCUCAGCCCCGCUGUUCCUGACCUGGAGCGUGGUGAACUCUGUUCACUGGUGGAGCGGCUCGACUCAGGCCCUGCCGGCUACCACCGUGCUCCUGCUCCUCGGGGCGUGGGUGCUGGUGGGCUUCCCCCUCACCGUCAUCGGGGGCAUCAUGGGCAAGAACCGGGCCGGAAACUUCCAGGCGCCCUGCCGCACCCGCAACAUCCCCCGGCAGAUCCCCCCUCAGCCCUGGUACAAGCACACGGCCGUGCACAUGGCCAUCGGGGGCUUCCUGCCCUUCAGCGCCAUCUCCGUGGAGCUGUACUACAUCUUCGCCACGGUGUGGGGCCGGGAGCACUACACCCUGUACGGCAUCCUGCUGUGCGUCUUCGCCAUCCUGCUGUCGGUGGGCGCCUGCAUCUCAGUGGCGCUGACGUACUUCCUGUUGUCGGGGGAGGACUACCGCUGGUGGUGGCGCAGUGUCCUGAGCACAGGCUCCACCGGCAUCUUCAUCUUCGUCUACUCCAUCUUCUACUACCGCAACCGCUCCAGCAUGAGCGGCCUGGUGCAGAGCGCCGAGUUCUUCGGGUACUCGCUGCUCACCGCCUUCGUCUUCUCCCUCAUGCUGGGCGCCGUGUCCUUCUGCGCCUCGCUGGCCUUCAUACGCUACAUCUACCGCAGCCUGAAGAUGGACUGAGAGGGAGAGGCGCCCCCCCCCCCCCCCUGCUCGCACGGGGGGACCUCGGAGUUGGGAGAGGGAGAGCGAGAGCGUUCGGAGACGGAACGACGGGGACUUUGACACGGACGAAAGGAGGGCGGAGGAGGGGAACCGGAGUAUUUAUACGGAGACAGGCGAAGGGAUGGUGAGAGAAGGGGGGGGGGGGGGGGGGGUGUAUCACGAAGGCGGGGUUACGGAGUUGGCUGGAUAGGUGUAAAGCACGGAGCAUGGAUUGACUGGAACAUGGACUGACGUAAAUAGAAAGUUCCGGGUUUUACAUGGUGAAUUUGUCCAGGGAGCUCGGUAAUCCUGCUUUGUGAUAUACCCCGCAAGGUGUGGGUUUGUUUGUCUGUCAGUGUGUGUAUGUGUGGUGUCUGCCUGCAAGAUGUGAGCUUGCAGGGUGUGUGUGUCUGUGUGUGAGAGAAAGACUGAAGUGUGAUUUGCAGGUUGCCGCAAUGGCCACCGUUGACUGAUUCUAGUUCUGCUGUAAAUAUACAAACUUUUCAAUAAAAUCACUUUUUAUUAUUACAAAA